CGCCGCCGCCGCCGCCGCCGCCGCCGUCGUCCCGCCGCUGCCCCGCCGACCCCGCGGCCGCCGCCCAGCCCCGCGCCGGAGCCGCCGCCCUCGCGCCUCCCCGGGCCGUCGGCGCCCGCGCCCCCGAGCGCCCCGCUGCAGCCGGCGCCCCGGGCCGCGCGCGAACUUCCCGGGCCGGCGGGCGCGGGCGGCGGGCGGCGGCGGCGGCGGCGGCGGGGCCCGGAUGGGCGCCCGGGCCGGCGGCGGCGGCGCCCAUGGACGCUAACCGCCCGGGCGCGUUCGUGCUGAGCAGCGCGCCCCUGGCCGCGCUGCACAACAUGGCCGAGAUGAAGACGUCGCUGUUCCCGUACGCGCUGCAGGGCCCGGCCGGCUUCAAGGCGCCCGCGCUGGGCGGCCUGGGCGCGCAGCUGCCGCUCGGCACCCCUCACGGCAUCAGCGACAUCCUGGGGCGGCCGGUGGGCGCGGCGGGCGGCGGCCUCCUGGGCGGCCUGCCCCGUCUCAACGGGCUCGCGUCGUCGGCCGGCGUCUACUUCGGGCCCGCGGCCGUGGCGCGCGGCUACCCCAAGCCGCUGGCCGAGCUGCCGGGGCGCCCGCCCAUCUUCUGGCCCGGCGUGGUGCAGGGCUCGCCCUGGAGGGACCCGCGCCUGGCCGGCCCGGCCCAGGCCGGCGGGGUCCUGGACAAGGACGGCAAGAAGAAGCACUCGCGGCCGACCUUCUCGGGCCAGCAGAUCUUCGCGCUGGAGAAGACCUUCGAGCAGACCAAGUACCUGGCGGGCCCGGAGCGCGCGCGCCUCGCCUACUCCCUGGGCAUGACCGAGAGCCAGGUCAAGGUGUGGUUCCAGAACCGUCGGACCAAGUGGCGCAAGCGGCACGCGGCGGAGAUGGCGUCGGCCAAGAAGAAGCAGGACUCGGACGCCGAGAAGCUGAAGGUGGGCGGCUCAGACGCGGAGGACGACGACGAGUACAACCGGCCCCUGGACCCCAACUCGGACGACGAGAAGAUCACGCGGCUGCUCAAGAAGCACAAACCCGCGAACUUGGCGCUGGUCAGCCCGUGCGGCGGCGGCGCGGGGGACGCCUUGUGAGCAAAGCAGGGUCGGGGCGGGCCGGCGCCCCUCGCCGCCGCCCGCCCGCGUGUAUAUAUAUUUUUACAGAAUAAGUUAUAAGGCGGCCGCGCGUCCCGGGCGGAAUCACUUUGUAUAAUCAAUAAAUUAUUUAACACGUU